UUGGUCGAUCAGUUGGACGAUCAGUUGGUCGAUCAGUUGGUCGACCAGUUGGACGAUCAGUUGGACGACCAGUUGGACGAUCAGUUGGUCGAUCAGUUGCCCAACCAGUUGGACGAUCAGUUGGUCGACCAGUUGGACGAUCAGUUGGUCGAUCAGUUGGACGAUCAGUUGGUCGAUCAGUUGGUCGAUCAGUUGGUCGAUCAGUUGGUCGAUCAGUUGGUCGAUCAGUUGGUCGAUCAGUUGAACGAUCAGUUGGUCGAUCAGUUGGUCGACCAGUUGGACGAUCAGUUGGACGACCAGUUGGUCGAUCAGUUGGACGAUCAGUUGCCCAACCAGUUGGACGAUCAGUUGGUCGACCAGUUGGUCGAUCAGUUGGACGAUCAGUUGGUCGAUCAGUUGGUCGAUCAGUUGGUCGAUCAGUUGGUCGAUCAGUUGGUCGAUCAGUUGGUCGAUCAGUUGGUCGACCAGUUGGACGAUCAGUUGGUCGACCAGUUGGACGAUCAGUUGGACGAUCAGUUGGUCGAUCAGUUGGUCGAUCAGUUGGUCGAUCAGUUGGUCGAUCAGUUGGACGAUCAGUUGGUCGAUCAGUUGGACGAUCAGUUGGUCGAUCAGUUGGUCAACCAGUUGGACGAUCAGUUGGACGAUCAGUUGGUCGAUCAGUUGGUCAACCAGUUGGACGAUCAGUUCGAGGAUCAUUUGGUCGAUCAGUUGGAAGAUCAGUUGGUCGAUCAGUUGGACGAUCAGUUGGUCGAUCAGUUGGUCGAAUCAAACAAAUAA